AUGUCAGAAGUUCCUGACAUUCCUCAGGUGCUGGCCUGCACUGAUCCCCUUGACCAAGAGGAGCAGCCUGGUUGUGACAACUGUGGUUUGGGAAAGAAUAGCCUGAGCCUUAACAACCAAGGGACACUUGAAAAUGGGACUGAAUCUAAUGACAGUUUUGCAGACAUCGCUACACUGGUGAAAGGUAUUCACCUUCCACAGGUCUUAACUUCCUUGGAUCAUCUUGAUCAGCUCCAAGGACCAAAGGUGUUCAAAACCAAAGUCACCAGGGGCCUCAAGUUGCACGUAGUGCAGAAAAAGUCAAGUGUCAGAAAGACUCGCACUGAUCAAGGCGCGAAGAACAAACACAAAGCCUCUGAGCCUAUCGGUGAUGCUCCCAAGGCCAAGAUCAAGCCCAAGAGCCCAGAUUGUGUGUUUGUGGGAGAAGUGGUUCUUUGCAAUGCUGCAGCCAGUGGCACGGUUCCUGCAAACAUGGCCAAGCAUUCUAACAGCAAACCUCAGAAAGCUGCAGCCAGCAGGACCAGCAAAACUAAGAGCCAUGGGCUGGAAAAAAUAAAAAGAAACAAAGAAAACUACUCCAAGAGAGCUGAGGAGAGAAAGCAGUCAGGGAACAAAGUCAAGGCAGAGGAGAAGCUAGCCAUUCCCAAGAUGAAGAGAAAGAAAAGUCAUCCUGAGCUGCCACAAGAGGCCAUCAAAAAGCCUCGCAGCAGCCUCGUAAUGCACAUGCUGGAGCCUGUGCAGGUUUUCCAUGCACUGGGCAAGAAGAGUGAUGAGAAAGCUGACCUGUCUUUCUCGCGGGCCCUGGGAAACUCAAGCAACCCCAAAGGCCCCCAGCCAGGCCAGGCUACCAAACUAUGGCUGGAUAUGCCCCGUGAGGGCAAAGGUCCUGUGAAAACUCAAGUCAAACCCCAAAAACCAUAUGGCAGUGCUGACAAAGGGUCUCCACCUCCAUCCCAGGACCAGCUGCCUUCUCAGAAGGUCAAGUUGGUGCCAUUGGCUUUUCCAACCAUGGACAAGCCUCAAGCUCGACCUGUUCCUCGCAGGCCACAGUCUCUGGCAUCACGUCGGCCUGCUGUGACCAACCCUGCCAAGCCUGCUGCAGUCACUGCAACCCUGCCAACUCCUGUAUCCUUGACAGGUCCUGUCAGAUCAGCUCAGCCAAUGUCGAACAACUCAGCCGGACCAGGUUUGAGCAACCCUGCCCGGCCUCGUGUCCCUCAGCCUCCUGCUUCUAGGCCUGGGCCCUACAAAACAUCAUCUUGUGCUUCUUUCCAGCAGGAGCCUGUUCAGUCUGCUGUGAGCCAGCCCCGGACCCCACUCAAGCCUCACAAACACUAUCCACUCCAGGAUUUCGCCCUCCAACCAAUUCCACGGAGGAAACCUGAGGUUCUGGGGCCAGUAAUGUCAACACCCAUCACAAAUGAGCAGAGGCCAGAUCGAGGGGCCAUGAAGAGGAAGGCUCAACUAGAGCGUGAGAAUGCUGCCAAAUUGGGGAAAAUGCAGCAUUUCAUUGAGAGGGAAAAAUAAAUGGACAUUUCUCUGUAUUAUGGCUAUGUGAUGUAGGAGAUGCUAGUAGGGCUGGUGCCACUUUGGGUACCUGCUUUUUUCCCAUAGAUAGGUAGAUCCAUAGAUAGAUAGGUAGAUAAUAGAUAUAUAUGAAUUUCAGAAUAUUGAUAUAUUUUAUAACUUAAUAAAACUGAAUAAAUAUUAUAAAUUAGCAUUUAGUAUUAAAGAAGCAUUUUGAGUUUUGAAAAAACAAACAAACAAACAAACAAACAAACAAACAAACAAACAACAACAAAAAAAGCUAGCAUGCCUGGAUACUAAUGGUCAAUCCUUUGUGUAGAUCUUGGGGAAUAAAAAAGCUAUAAUGGAAACUAUUGAUACAGGCCUGGCCAGGAGUGUCUGUCCACUGCUCACCCAGAAAAUGUCUGAUCUCUGACUUUACCCAACCAUGUGAGGAGUCCCCACUUAGGUGGACGUGCCUUUAAUGCACCUUUGCUUUUCUCCUAAGUUAACAUUCACCACAAUGACUACAAUCAUGUUAAAGCAUUUAAAUUUUAUGAGUAAUAACUAAUAUGCUAGUUUUGGUGCCCUGACUGGGAAUAGAACUGGUCACCUUUCAGUGCACAGGACCAACCAUCUGAGCCACAUGGACCAGGGCGAUAAAUGUUGUUAAGAAGAGAUCAACCGAAAGACUUGUAUGCAUGCAUAUAAGCAUAACCAAUGGACGCAAGACAC